AUUCACUACCAAUUUCGAUCCAGCAUGAUUUAAUCAUAUGUCUUCGCUUCCAGUAUUGAUUCACUGAAAAUGAGCCUCCUGCACAGAUGAGUUCUCAAGGAAUAAAACGGAAGUGGUAAACUAACAGCUUAAGCAGUGCCCGUGUUUCCGCAUCCGGUAAAUUCCGAUUCUUCACCGUCAGAUGACUCUCCAACCUCACCACCACUUGGGUGAACUCUCGAAGAUAUAAACAGCAAAUAUAAAGAAAUGACUAAAUUAGAGGGUGCCCUUGCUCAUGGCACCGUAGCACACCUAUUGCCUCCGCGAUACAAGCGCAUGGUAGCAGAAUGGCUGGAGGAAGAUACCCCCAGCUUGGACUACGGUGGAUUCGUAGUUGGUGAGGAGAUUAGGGAAGCAAAAUUAUUAGGAAAGAGCAAGGGUGUGAUUGCAGGAGUUCCAUUCUUCGAUGAAGUCUUUUCGCAGUUAGGUUGCACAGUCGAAUGGCUUGUCAAAGAAGGAGACACCAUCUUACCGAUCACACACUGUGCUACUGUCCGCGGCCCCGUUCGUAAAAUCCUCCUUGGCGAGCGAGUGGCGCUUAACACCUUGGCGCGCUGUUCAGGCAUCGCCACUAAAUCUGCAAAUUUAUUGUGGCUGCUGCGGGAAGCGGGCUAUCCCAACAUAUUAGCUGGAACCCGUAAGACAACACCAGGCUUUCGGUUGGUCGAGAAAUACGGCAUGCUUAUUGGCGGUGCCGAUCCGCAUAGACAUGACUUGUCCUCUAUGACAAUGUUGAAGGACAAUCACAUCUGGUCUAGUGGGUCGAUCACCAGGGCAGUACGUGCUGCGAAGAGUGCUGGGGGAUUCGCAAUCAAGGUUGAAGUAGAAUGCCAGUCUCUAGACGAGGCAAACGAAGCAGCCGCGGCUGGGGCAGACGUUGUUAUGUUGGAUAACUUCACCUCUCAGGGUGUGAAAGACGCUGCGAAGGCACUGAAAGAAAGAUGGGGAGAUAAGUUGCUAGUUGAGGUCAGUGGGGGAAUUACAGAAGAUAAUGUUGGUAACUUUGUAUGCAAGGACGUGGAUGUUAUUAGCACGAGCAGUAUUCAUCAGGGUGUAAAGCACAUCGACUUCUCUCUUAAGAUUGUGCCAAAUACACAAGCAAAAGAGACAUGAAAGUGGUCAAUAUAAGGAAGCACUCGAUAUUAUUGAGAUGUUCUGAGGCUCAACCAAUGGUAUCAAAAAGCAUGCACCAGAAAGAUUUCCAAUAAUACAGUGGAAUGCACCCC